AGACUGGCAUAAACAACCGCUCGUGUGAUUUCCGGUUGAGAACUUCGCGGUUUGUGCUGCGUUUGAUUAGUACGUCGCUCGUUUUCGAAUAAUAUUUCGUCAGGAAGGUAUGAGCGAAACGAUCUGUUACAUUUCUGUGACAUUACUGACUUCAAAAUCAUCCACGGAAGCGUAGAGUGGAGAGUAAUCGUUUCUGUAAGCGGCUCAAAGAUAGUUACCAUGCCGUUACCUCCGGCUCUAUUGGCCAGACUCAAGAAGCGAGGCAUCGUCAAGCAGGCAGAACCAGAACCAUCUGCAGCUGACCAGCCCGAGGAAGAGGUGAUCGCCGAGGACUACGAUGACAACCCGGGCCGGCCCGCGCCAGCUCCGGACAGUCGUUCAGGCCCUUCGCCCGGCUGCCCCAACAAGUGGAACAUCUACCAUGAAUGUGGCCACUUUUGUCACCAGCACUGGGGCCACGGAAAGCAGCGCGAGUCCCCCCGGACGGAACGCAAGAGGUUGCGCAUGCUCCUCAAGUACCCACUGCCCGACGGCUGGGGAGAGAUCUACGACCCCGGCACCGGACGCCACUAUUAUUGGAGACGGGGCAGCGAGGAUGUGUCAUGGAUGCCGCCACGUCACCCAAGAGCCAAGAUCUCUGCGCCGGCUGAGAAAUUGCGUGAACUUGUGUAUGAUGCCGAUGACGGGCAAGAGCUCGACAGUGCGGGCUCCGAAGACGAUGACAAGGAUGAAGAGGAGGAGGAGAGGCCGCCACGCCGUUCGGCACCCCGCGAAUCGUUUACCUCCCGGCGGCUCCACAGUGGCAUUUCGGAGCGGCGUGGGGAAAAGCUGCAGUCCAAGAACGACCUGGACCCCAUGGACCCUGCAGCUUAUUCAGACAUACCACGGGGCAAGUGGUCCACGGGGCUGGAGAAGAGCAACGAAGCCAAGACGGGAGCAGACACCACGGCCAGCGGGCCGUUGUACCAGAUGCGGCCGUACCCGAGUCCCGGGGCGGUGCUGCGACUCAAUGCGUCGGGGCGUCGUCCGCCGUCGGACGACGAAGACGAAGACUGAGUGUAACACUGUGCGGAUAAUAAAUGUGACUAACUGCGGAA